CCUCCGCUGCCCAGGGCCUGGCGGGGCGGCGGGGGAGGCCUGCCUCGGGUCGUUGUCCGCAGGUAUAAGAUGCAGCUUGGGACGUCCUGGCGGGAGUCCAGCGGAAACGCGCGCCACCGAGCUGUUGUCAGCUAAGGAGAAUGGGGCCUGGACCUGGAGAUGUGAGGGUUUGCGGGGGGGCCCUCCCCCGGUGUAGUGUGGUUCGACGACGGAGAGGGAGUUUAUCACCCUCGCGGUGCCUGCCUCCGGGAGAUGAGAUAUUGGAAUGGUGUGAGGAAAGACAGAAGCAGAAGAGCACAGGUCAUUUUCACAGGGAGCGGUGCAGUCCAGUCUGCCCAGAAUAGACUACAAGUAGAGCAGGAGGAGAAAAGGCUGGAAGCUCCUACUCCAGUGUGGCGGGAUGAUCUGGAAAACCACACAUUCCUACACACAAUAUACUGCCAGGACUGGAGUCCCAGCGUGGGACUCUCUGAGACCUACGACGAGGACCAGCUUUUCUCCUUCAACUUUUCCCAAAACGUUCGCGUGCCUCGCCUGCCGGAAUUCACUGACUGGGCUCAGAAGGCUGGAGAUAGUUCCAACAUUUUCUUUGACAAAACCUUCUGCCAGGAGAUGAUCCAGGAAAUAGGCCCAAAUCUUGAAGGACAAAUCCCAGUGUCUAGAGGGAUCCCUAUCACUGAGGUGUACACGCUGAAGCCCCUGGAGUUUGGCAAGCCCAACACGCUGGUCUGUUCUGUCAGUAAUCUCUUCCCACCCACAUUGACGGUGAACUGGCAGCAUCAGUUCUCCCCUGUGGAAGGAGCAGGGCCCACGUUUGUCUCAGCCGUUGAUGGACUCAGCUUCCAGGCCUUUUCUUACUUAAACUUCACACCGGCACCCAAUGACGUUUACUCCUGCAUCGUGACUCAUGAAAUUGAUGGCUACACGGCAAUUGCCUAUUGGGUGCCCCAGAAUGCCCUGCCCUCAGAUCUUCUGGAGAAUGUGCUGUGUGGCGUGGCCUUUGGCCUGGGUGUGCUGGGCAUCAUUGUUGGCUUAGUCCUCAUCAUCUACUUCCGAAGGCCUUGCUCAGGCUGAUUCUUCCUGACCGGAGUCUGAUGCCAACAGCUUCAACCAUCCAAGCAGAGGGUGCUCAGGUUUCCCGCAUCCAGCCCAGGAUCUCUCAGAGCAGAAGUCCCUGGGACUCCCCCAGUGUGUGUGUGUGUGUGUGUGUGUGUGUGUGUGUGUGUCUAUAGGUUUCUCGGCUGGGGGCUCUGCUGUCCCUGGGCUUACAUUCGGGAGAACCCAGAGUGGCCCUUCUAUCAUGACCACAUCCCUUUCUACUUCAAGGCAAUAAAUCUCAUUUGUUAAUA